AUGUAUAUGUUGAUACAUUUUUUGGAGUUAAUUAGUCGUGUGAAAAAGAAGGCAUUAUGCGUUAACCAUGUGGGAUACCUAUCUCAGGUGUAUGAAGAGCUGGGGGAUGCCAUAGCCAAGCAGUAUGCUGGUUCUACUGCACAUAAGAAGUACACACCUGGGCAGAGUAACAACUUUUUUGUUCAAUCGAAGGAGUUACUGACAUCUAUUAAGCGGUACUAUAUUAGCUCGUUCAACGAUCUGGAGAAACAGAAGUCCAUUAAUUUGUUCCUGGGUGUGGCUGAUGAUAAGCUGCAGGACAUCCGGCACGCGCACGACCUCGACACGUACGUGCACGGGCGCACGUUCUUUCGACCCGCGGGCGGGGGGCGCGCCCACCCCUUCUGGUGGGUCCUCCCGCUGGAGCGCUUCUGCGCCAAGGCGGAGUCCCUCCUGGGGGGGAGCCUCGCCAAGCGGCGAGUUGAGCGGCGAGCUGAUCGGUUAACUGCUAGCAGAACUGCUAGACGAGCUGCUAGCCGAACUGCUAGCAGAACUGCUGCGCGGCGCCCCCAGGGGAGGAAAAACAAAGUCGUGCCCAGCAUGCUGCGCAAUCUGAAGUUCUACCGAUGCUUCAGCGAGACAAAUGUUUUCAAAAACGUGUACAAUGCACACGACUGGGAGGGCCGCUUCGCGCAGGUGCUGGAGGUAGCGAGUUGCGGAGGAGCGAGCCACACGGGGAGGCUGUCCAAGAAAGCAGCAACAGAUGUGUUGUCCCCAUUCGAACGGUCCCUGAACCUAAUCGCCCACAUCUACAAGUUCUACGACGCAUACAAACACGACCUGCACUUCUACUUUGAGAAUAAAAAUAUUUUUAGGUUCCGAACUUGGAGACUCAUAGCGACAUAUAAUUACCUUAACUACUUGAGGAUUUUUUUCGACGUGUUUUUUCUCCUCUACUACUGCUUCUGUAAGCGGUACAGCGUGCGCAUGGUGUACAUGAGUCAUGUGGACGCCCUGUGCGCUUCGCUGGGGGGGAGCGGCCACACGGGGAGGAGCGGCAACACGGGAAGGAGCGGCCACACGGAGGGGAGCGGCCACACGGAGAGGAGCGGCCACACGGAGAGGAAAGGCCAAUCGCUGGGUCAGUGCAACCACCGGGUGUAUAGACGCGCCCCCCCCCUGGUUAACCCCUACACAUUCGAGAAGGACGUGCAGCAGAUCAUCCACCAGUAUAUGAGUCACAAAAAGGUGUCCUUUGCGUUGGAACCCUACCUGAAUUAUGGCAGCUUGAACAGCGGUCCCUAUCAGUACAUGCUGAUGAGUGGGUGCUCCCUUAUUGGGAGGGGAGGAAACAGGAGUGGGAGACGAAACGGGAAGCGCCAUUCCUCUUUUAGGACAGGACACCCAUGUGAAACUGGCGCAGUGACAAAUAUUCUUAAACGUUCCUGUAUUAUCCAUGUGGAUGACUCUCCCGUUGUACACGAGGAGGGGAAGACACGCUGCAACCCCAUUUUUAAGAGAAAGCUAAUUGAGCUAAUGAAGAACCGGGUGGUUAACGGGAAGGACGCCUGCGCCUAUUACUCGAGAGCGUAUGAGAGGGCGAAGCGGAUGAAGCGGACGAAGCAGAUGGAGAGGACGAAGCAGCUGGAGCAGAUGGAGCAGUUGGAAGACCAGAUUAACAAAACGCCGCGGGGGUACUGCCCAAUAUACUUCAACGCGAAUUUGCUGCUGCUCAGGCAAGCGACCCAGGCGAGCACUCUUCAAGAGUUCCUCUCAGACCUGUACAUGCACUACAUUUAUAAAAAUGGCCAGUACACGGAACUCAACUUAGACAGUCUCCAAAAUGCCAACGCGCCAAACUGCAGUGACGAAAAAAGCAAAGUGAAAAAAUCAGAACAGAGGUUCCUGCUAGACGAGUAUGACACAUUUGAUUACAAAUUUAAAAAAAAAAAAAAAAAUGUGGCAAGUUGA